UCUAUGGAGUGUUUACGCAUGGCGCCUUGUUUUUAUUCUUGUUUAUAGUCGUGAAGCAGAUAUGGGAAUUAAGCGGAUAGUUACCUUUUGUCAGGUACAAUAAUAGUGGAAUUUUGCUGCGAUCUUGGCCGUGCAUGAAAUAUAUCCGUAUUGUGCGUGUCGGUGGCUGUGUGACAUUGCAAUGCGACCUAAUGUUAUAAGAAAUAUUUAUAUUCCAGUGUCAUUUUUUACCUUCUAUUAUAACCUCUUAUGUAUGAACCACGGAUUUUGUAUAUUUUGAAGUGAUAGUGUUGCAUUAUUACAAUGAUUUUGAAUACUAUGUGGCCUAUGUUACUUGAUAUAUCUCGAGAUGAGUGCAAGAGAAUUCUCAGGAGAUUAGAACUAGAAGCGUAUAGUAGCAUAGUGUCAGCAUUACGUGCUCAAGGUGCUUUGAGUAAAGAGAAACGUAAAGUUCUACAAGAUUUAGCCAGCAUUCUCAACAUUUCAUUAGAGAGGCACAGAGCAGAAGUGAGAAGAGCAGUUAAUGAUGAAAAGUUAGCCACUAUUGCUGAACAUAUGGCUGGGCCAAACACGAGCACAGAAUGGGCAAUAGAAGGUCGCAGACUGAUCCCUUUAAUGCCUCGACUUGUUCCUCAGACAGCUUUCACGGCCUUGGCAAAUAAAAUGGCUAACAUCACUGCUACAGAAAAUGCCAAGCUACCUCCACCUGAACAGACAUUAAGAUUAAAAGGGUCUAAUGAAGAGACAAUGUCUUUGGAAAUGCCUCGACAUGAUACAAUAGGCACUGCCAGGCAUUUGGGAAGCCCUCCCGGCUCACAACUUCACUCUGGAAAGCGAACAGAGAAGGAGGAGGAACGAUCUGUGAAACGUAGAUGUCACUCUUCAUCUUCAGAGUACAUAUCCCCUGGACCAGGUGUAGCUAUAUCUCCACCCCUGCGAGCCAAGAUGAGUGCCGUCACUCCACCAUCACAAAUUUUUAAUCAACAACUGCAAAAAUUGCCAAGUCAGCCACAGCAUUUAGUGCAACAGCAAUUGCAAGUACCUUCACAACCGCCAACACAUUUCCAAUCGGUUCUUACCCAUCACUCCCAGAGUCAGCAGAAUGAACCUCUCUCAACUCAAUCUCAACUGUUGCUUGCACAAAAGACUCAACCAACAGAAACAUCACAUUUCCAAACCCAGCAGCUGCAGCAAAAACAGCCACUGCAGCACCAGCAGAAAGCACAGCAACAUCAAAUACCAAAACAUCCAAAGCCCUCAUCACCAUCAUCCCCACAACAAGCCUCAGCCCCUUCCCCGUCUUCUCCUUCUUUUCCUUCUCAGCCAACAGCAGCAGCUACAACAACUGCAGCGGCACCACCGCUGCCAGCAGUAGUAACAACAAUAACAUUAGCAGCAAUAACAACAUCUACUACUGCUUCAACAACAGCUACACUUCCACCAAAAACCUCACCACCAUCAACUGCACCAACUUUAUCAUCAUUUCAUCAGCAGAAAUUGCAGCAAGAGCGACAACUACAAUCUCAGCAGUCACAACAGCAGCUACAAGUGUCAAGUGUUAGCCAGGAAGUGAAGAAGGAGCUGCAGCAAGUGAAUGUCCAGCCUAUGCAACAAUUGCAAAACUCGACUACUAUUCAAAUGACCCCAGUAAAAAUGCAGGAAGUGUCAGUGGGUGUUCAGGCACCUCAAACUGUUCCUGUACAAGCGCAUGCCCCUAGUCACUCAAGAGUGAUUUCAGGUGGAAGUGGUCCUGUCAAGAUCACUUUCACAUCCUCUGCAGGUCGCUCAGCCCAGCUCAGCAACAUUGCUACCCCUACAACCACUACUCUCACAACCACCUCUCCUGCACCAACAACCCAAAAGGUGAUCAUUGUUCAGAGCUCUGGGCCAGGGGGGGUUGGGCCUCCGAGCAUCCUGCAACGCUCGCUCACUGUUCCUGUGGUGAAGAGCUCCCCAGCGGCGGCUGCUGCAGCAGCUGCGGCUGCUGCUGCUGGAGGAGGUCCCAAUGCAGCUUCUCGGGCUUCUCUUAUCAUCUCAGGCCCUACUGGAAGCCCUCCAGUUACUCCUACAACUAUAGUCACAAUAUCUACCAAUCCGGUCAACACUAACAAUGUUACUGCCACCACAGUGUCCAUAGGAGGUGUGCCUACAACAGCGUACAUCACUUCACCUGGGAGCAUCCCUCACAUCCGACCCAAAGCUGUUCAGCUGCCAUCACGCAUGCGCCCUCGAGCAGGAUCCAUUGUCAUCCCAGUCACACCAAAUCCUCUUGGAAGUACAGGCAAUCUUCCUGGCGUUACCCUGAAAACUACUCCAGUGCAGAGUUCUCGAUCUGGUGUCCAUGUCAAAACAGAAUGUAGUGGAAUGAAAAUUGUUCCUGUUGCUGCUGGUUCAGGAGGCACCACUAAAAUUCUGCCUAAGCCUUCAUUUGGAUCUACAGGUGGUCAGAGUCCAGUCUAUAUGAUGAGUACUACUACUUCCAGCAUUACUAUGGUGACACGUACCAUUUCUGCUUCAUGUCCUGGGUCUCGCGUAGUGACAGUUAAUGCAACUACUUUGCCUUCAUCUGUGAGUAGUCUGCCCGGCCGCCCUGUUUCAACAACAUUAAUGUCUAAAGCAGCAUCUGGCGUAGGGUCCAGUCGUACACCUACUCAAGGAAAGCCAAACGUCAUUGUUGUGCAGAAAGGCUCAUCUGGGUCUUUUCCACGUGGGGUCACUGUCUCUGGAGGACGAGUGCAAAACUUCCCUGCAACUUUGCAGGAGGUUCUAAACAAAGUAGUUGGCAGCAAAGCUUUGGGUGUGACAGGAAGUGGAAGUAGCAGUUCCCCUCUUGUUACCACAUUAAGCAUGCAGAAAGCUCAGCAACAAGGCCUGCAUUUGCCCACAAAUGCACAGGCUGGGAAUGUUGUAGUGUUGGACCUCAGUCAUGAGAAUGUUGGCAAAAAUAUGGUACUCGCAGAUAUUCUCCAGGCUUCUGGAAUCACUAGUGAGACUGAUGCAGAUUCUGGAGUCAUAGAAAAAGCUGGAGAGAAACAGGGGGAACCAUCUUUAGAUUCAAUAUCAUCAACUCCUUCACUUUCAUCAGAUUCCAGCCAUGCCUUACAGACGGGUGUAUAUUCUAUUAACCCUGAACCUGCAUCAGAUCUAGUCAGUCAAGGCUCUUCUGUCACCAUUGUACCAAGUUCUAGUACAGGAUCUGUGGAUAUUUUUAGCACAGCGCUUGCAUCAGCUGAUAUAAACCUUGACUCGUUUCAGUAUGUGGAAGAUGGGUUAGAAACAAUAACAAGUGGUACACAGCCGGGUAGUAGUAUUGAAGUAACUGUUGGAGAAGAUAAUAAUCAGGUUCAAGUUAUGGGAGAACCAUUACAUUUUCUACAGGACUCAGAUGCAAUUGCAUCAGAGCCUGCUGCUGUAACUGUUGAACCAAGUCACAUAGACACUUCAGGAAUGCACAUUGAAGACUACAGUUCUCAGAAGCUACAAGGGCGUGGCACAGAGUGAGGAUGCUUAGAACUCUUACAUUAUUAACAAGUCAUCUCUUCUGCAAAGACAGUUUAUUGUAUACUACAACAUUAAAAUUACAUUGUUAUAUAAGAUUUAGAUAUAUAUACAGAAGUAUAUAAGUCAAAUUUUUAUCAGUACUCAUGUUUGUAGUGCAACUCUUGUGAAAACUUGCGCAGUUUUUAUUAUAAUUUUAUUUUAACAUUAAGACUGUGCUGCAUUGUGGACUAGUACUGCUACAAGUUGUUUCACCUACUGUACAUGUAUUUGUGCCAAAAUCUUCUCACAAGUGCAGCACAGUCUGCAUACCAAUGUACAGAUUUAAAAUUAAAAACUAUUUUUGCCUAUACUCAAUGUUGAAACUUGACCAGUUUAUACAUUUCCUAGUAAAACAAAGAUUCCUCCAUCAAUUAUUUAGUUUUAAAAGAAAUUGGUCAACAUGUACGACUAUAGAUAUAAAGAGAGCAAACUUCAUAUUGAGCUCGGCUGCAUAUUACUUAAUACAGUGGCUCAUUAGAAUUGUCAAUCUACAAAACAUGACUAUUAAAACAACUACUCCUUUGAAUUAUUUGAAUAUGCACAUGCACACAUACAUACAAAUUGGUAUUUCACAUUAUUCACAGAAAAGUACAAAAUUUACAUUCAUUCAUUUACAAUUCACAAACAUUUAGUCUACAAACGCUUCUCUUGUGAAGAAAAGAUGAGGCCUACACCACAAAAUUCUGGCAGCCAUGUUAGGAAUUCUUUGCCUGCUACUACUUUCAGCAGAGAAGCAACAUCCUAAAAUAUUACCAACUUGCAGCUGCUUAUGUUUCAUUUGACUAGGGAACUACCAUUCCCACAAGUUUUAUUCAGUCUACUUGUCUCGAAUCAUAUUUACUACACUUCACACAAAGCAGAGCUGGCUAUUCAUGCAAGAUAAGUAAUAUAAGGAACUUCUGUCUUGCAUAAAGCCUACCAUAUCAAUAUUAUAUAAAAAUACAACCCAACCACACAAUUUAAAACAUUUGCAAUGUAACACCCGAAGCAUUUUUUCAACAUAACUUCUUGUCUGUUCAGUCUGAGUCGAGGAUAUAUUGCAGUCUUUAGCCUACACUUAUUUCAAUACCUGUCCAAUGGACGGUGCUGAGCACAAACCACACUGCUUCUUUCUCACACACGUACAUACACCCAAUAUAAAAUACGCACAUUGUAUGACUAACUUUUGUAAGGGUGAGUACUUUCCGGAAAGGCAUUGCUAUGGAAGAAAUGCUAGAGUAACUACAAAUCAGUCAUUAAUAAAAGAGCAAGGUCUAUUAAGGAACAAAUCAUCUUUGAAUGUACAGGAAAGUCAAGUGUUAAACACUACCCUCUCAACGUGUCAUGUGAUCUUGGAUGUGUGGAAGGGGAGUAUCUACAUUUUUUAUUUUGAUUUAUCACAGCCUUCCUCUUGCCACCUGGAGAUUGAAUGUUUGCAGUUCUUUUGAAUUUCAAUCUUGGAGAUCUUCGCUUAAAUACUCUAUGGCCUGAUCGUGUAACUCUGUGAAGGCAUUCUAAAUCAGAGUCGUCACCCUCAUAGAAGUCGAAUGGUACAUUUGCCAUAGCUGCAAGUUCUUCUCUUCUUUUCAAAACUUCCUCCAUUGCGUAGGUAAGUGCCCCAAAGGGAGAGGACUCUAACAUUGGACUACAACUUCGACUACUGUCACUACGAGUUUUUCUAAGAGCAGCAGCUCCUGAAGAAUUUCGCUCCUUCUUGCGAGCCAGCACACUUAACAUAGCCGGUGUGGGUCGAGAGGGUGUGGUGGGAGUGUGUUUUCUAACUGGCUCCUCAUUAGAAAGCGGAGGCUCUGCUCUCACUACAGGACGAGACAGCUUUUUCAACUG